AUGGUUUGCUAUUUACCAAUUGCAGAAUUCAUAAAAGAAUAUAUUGAGAGGCUUCCAUCAUACAUAACUAAUAAUGAGAACACUAAGACUCCAACUGAAAAGAUGAGAAUGACCAGGAGAAUGAUAGCAACUUCUUACAAG